UGAAAAACCUUUUUGAGCACCAAUCUUAUUCGUUGAUUAUCAAAAUCGUAUUGUUCCUUAAAUUAGCGUAUCCUGAAAAUUAUCAGUAGAACUAUGUCUUGGACAAGCGGACUAAACAAUGCGACCGUGGGCGUCCUGCUGCCGCAACUCCGCCCGUGGCAGCGAUUCGAGUGGCGCUCCUGCAUCCAGUCGCAGAUCUACAGGGAUUGGGGCAUCUACUACACCCGCCGCCUGCUGCACCGCAAGGCGCUGGACAACUUCGGGAUGGCCGUGACCGUCUGCAAGGAGCGGGGGCCACCGUACGAUCCGCUCACCUGCCUCCUGCCCCGCCCCACCUCCCCCGCCCGCGUUCGCAGCUGCUUGGACUCGGAAAUGGGCAUUUGUCGGAGCGACUACAAGUCCUUGUUUCUGCGCGGCCGCUGCCAACGAUCGCUGGCCCGCCCGGACUUGGCCCUACUGGACACCCAGCUGGCUCAACGCGCCAUCAAGUUGGCUUCCCCUGGGCCGGAGUACAGCGUUGCGGGGACCGCCGACAUAGUUGCCGAGAAGUGCCACGACCUCUUCGAGGCCAACGAAUUCGAGAAGGCCCUCACCACGCUCCACGUGGAGAGCCGCCCUUUCGGCGGACAGUCCACUUACGGGCGGUUCGGCCUGAUCAAACAGCGGACUCUUGCCGUUUUCGAUGACGCGAUGGGCGAAUCGCUGCAUCCUUUUAUGGAGCAGAACAGCAGUGUCCUUGAGGAGGUGAAUCGCCGGCUGAAGGAGCUGGCCGCUGACGUGCCCCGCCCCCUUUGGAAGACGUUGCGCGAAAGGCGGCAGUGCGAUGUGGAAAGCGUCAUUGCCAAGGAGUCGGUACACUUGACCCCGAUGGAAAAGGCUCGUCGGUGGGCGACCGAAAGGUUGUACAACUACAACUACAUGGGCCGCAAUGCAGUCGACAUUGCGCUUUUGCGUCAGCUGCGCAACGAUCGCAAUUUUCUCGACCCGUUGAGGCUAAGGUCCACGGCCCAAAUGCGCGAGUUGAGCGAGGAACAGUACACCAUUGUCAGAAGGUUUAUGAAAAUGAUGCAGGCCCGCAAUCCGCUGUACAACCGGUGGUACAAGAGGCAGCGACGCGGGAGAAUCGGCGAGCAGGAGCGGCGGCGGCGCAAGGAGAUGCACCUGUUCCAGGCACAGUACCAAACGCGCCGCGACUGCUUGAGGAUGCUGCACGAGGUGCACAAGCGUCGGAGGGAGGGUGACUUGGAGGGGCUAACCGACUACGUGGAGCACAUAAUGUCCAAACACAUCGAGCUGAAGACCCAUCGAACGCUGCCAUGGAAGUGGGAGUUCAUCAACGAUGUCUACAAUACCCUGGCAUUGGCCCAUUGCGACCGCUGCGCCGUUCCCGCCAACGUUGACUUUUUGGAGCCCAAAAAUCGACCGACUCUAUAUCUACUCAAAACGGAGAAGGUGCGCGACAUGACCGUGAGCUUUGGGGGGCCCAACAUCUACUUGGAGAUCGGGCGCGAGGAGGAGCGGCACAGUCGAAUUAACCAGAAACUGGAGAAUCUGGAGAAUCGGCUGCGCCACUCCUAUCCGAUCGAGAGAGCCUAUUUGUUCUUCGAGAUCGCGCGCUGCCACUUCAAGGAGUCGCGCUUCGACAAGUGCCUAGUUAUAGCCCGCAAGGCCUUCAACGAGGCCCGCAGCUGCAACAGUUUGAUUUGGCGAUUCAACAGCAUUUUUCUCGGAUGCCAAGUGCAUGCCGUGCUUAAUCGAUUCGAGAGACUGAAUGAAUCGCUGGCGAAGGCAAGUCAACUGGCCCGGGAUCUGAGAGCGCCGCAUCUGGUGGCCUAUAUUGCCAUUUGCAUUCACGUCAACGACUACGAUUUGGCCAUGCGUCGGAUGCGACAGUCGGAUAUAACAUUGCGAAGACCUCGCAAGCGGAGUCCCAUGGGCACACUCAUUUCUAUAAGCUCCCAGGCAUCCAAUAUCAGUAUAUUACCCUAAAAUAUAGGACACUAAACUGGUUGCCCUAAGCUCUUAAUUUCCCAUUUUAACAUGCAAUUCAAAGCUAAGGGCAGCCAGUUCAGAGUUGCUAACAUACUAAAAAAUAUAUGCUGAUAUUACCAUUAUACUUAAAA